UUGUUUGACUUUUCCACACAGUUGUGGAAUUUUUCAAUUUGCUAGAGAAUUCGAUUUUUCGACGAAGCUUUUGCGAAAAAGCAAUUGUUUUCUUGAUUACUGCAGUCCGAGUUUGUGAUCGUAAAUAAAUAACGGCACGAUGUCUCUGUUUGGCUCACUAAUGGGGAUGGGCGACGUGGAUGACGAUCCGUUUUUCGGGUCCCACAUGAGACACAUGCGCCAGAUGAACAACAUGAUGAACUCUCUCUUCUCCGACCCCUUCGGCAUGCUGGGAGAGAGUCCCUUGGCCAUCAUGGGAGCUAGACGCGGCAACGCGAUGAUGCCUUACAUGCCUCAGAUGCCAUCACUUAACAGACUUUUUACAGAUGUGGCAGACGGUCACGGCAUGGGCGCCAGUAGCUUCUCGAGCAGCACAGUUGUCAUGUCCAGCGGGCCCAACGGCAAUCCGCAGGUGUACAGUUCCACGAGCAGCACCAAGAUCGGUCCGAACGGCGUCAAAGAGACCCGCAAAACUCUGCAGGACUCGCGCACUGGCGUCAAGAAAAUGUCCAUCGGUCACCAUAUCGGUGAGCGCGCGCACUUGAUUGAGCGAGAGCAGAACGUGUAUUCCGGAGACGCUGAAGAGAGGCAGGAGUUCAUCAAUCUUGAAGAGGAAGAGGCUGAAUAUUUUGACAGGGAGUUCCAGGAGCGUGCGGGCGCCCCGCGGAACCGCGCCCCCCGCCCCGCCAUUGCCGCUGCGCCGCGCGACGCCCUGCUGGCGCUGCCGCCCGCGCGCCUCGCACUGCCCGCGCCGCCUGCGCACAGACGGCAUCGGCCUGCCCCCAGGCGCCCCUUGAGAUCUACCGCCAGCCCACUUGCUACCUCUCAUUCCGGCGUGCGCGAGAUGUACUCUGGCUCGCACCCUCAGCGUAGACACAGGCACAGACAUCGUCACACUCCCAACGAUAACUAAGCAUGAUAUCCAGCGAUGCGUGAGGUAACAUCAGUAUAUGUAGCUCUGCUCCCCCAGUGUAAUUUCCAAUUAGACUACACGAUAAAUAGGGCACUAAAUAUAACCCAAACUAGUGCUAAAGAAAGUCAAUUCCGUGUACACUACACACUCAAUUUAAUUACACUUCAUUGACUGCAAAAACUAAGUUAGUGCUCAAUUUAUCGUUUAGUCUGAUUGGCUGUCAUGCAAUUGUAUACCAAACGACAUUGUUUGCUUAAUCCAUACAAAUUACUCAGAUGAAUGCAACACUACAGCCAAGUUUGUUAACUUUAAAACUUACACUGGGGCCUAAAUGCCCUUGGAGUAAGUUUUUAUUUUUCAAAACAUCCAAUCGGCGUAAGCAUACACUGUAUGACAAAACGUCAUGGUUUGACCAGUAAUAUUAACGUUAACAUCUAGUUUGAUAACUUUAAAACUUAUACUGGGGCCUAAAUGCCCUUGGAGCAAGUUUUUUUUUUAGCAAACAUCCAAUCGGCGUAAGCAUAAACUGAAUGACAAAACGUCAUAGUUUGACAAGUAAUAUGGUAGAUCAACGUUAACAUCUAGUUUGUUAACUUUAAAACUUACACUGGGGGCUUAAUGCCAUUGGAGUAAGUUUUUAAUGUAACAAGCGUUAUAAAGAUGUUGAAUACAAUCUGUUAACUUAAAUGGUCAACCAAGUAUAAUGAUCUGAUAAAUCCGUGAUAAUUUUGUAGAUAAUCUACUAUGCUGUUACGUUUGUUAACUCUGAAACUUAUACUUAAUGACCUUGGAGUAAGCUUUUGAGUUAGCAAACGUCAUAUCGGCGUUAGCGUAUAACUGUGCAACCAAACGUCUAGUUUGACAACUCUAUACAAAGGAAUGUAAACGUUACGACGCGGUCGCGUUUGUAACCUUGAAAAUUUACACUGGGGGACUACUGCCCUUAGAGUAAGUUUUUUAAAAUAAACCAAGUCACUCUAUCAGCUCUUUUUAUAUUAACCAUCAAACGACAUUAUUUCGUAACUUCAUACAAAUUUGGCAGAUUAACGUAACUCCAAUGCAAUGGUAUGAAAACUUACUCUAGGGGCACAUACCGUUAUACGUUCAUUAGUUUUGCAGCGAGUUAAAUUGCCUUUAUUUUGGACCUUAUCACAGGCACUUAUGAAGCGUUAAUACAUUUAGCAUGUAACACUAAUGUUAAUGAUGGUGAUAACUGCAUUCGAUGGUGACAACUUAAAACUGGUCUGGUCUCAGAAGAGCCCACAACAAACUUAGCCGGUUUUUUUUUGUUAUCACAAGCUCACAGUCCAGUUAAUGUUGAGCUAUGAAGUUAGAGCAAAUUAUAACCAGUCUUUUUUAAUCUUCUUAAUAUUAUAAUAGGAUUAUUCUAUAAGCUUACGUUUUAUAUAAACUUUGAACUUAUUGAGAGACUUAAUCCCAUCUCCAGAAUCACUCGCUACCUAACUAGUGCAUGUGUAAUCGGGUUUAAAAUUCUUCGUUUAUAUCAUCGGCCUCUGUUUAACACACUGGACUGUCCGUCCCCAUACGGGUGACAGCUUAAAUGUUCCCAUUUGAAGCGCCACAUGUAACACAAAUUUUAGUUCCUUGGACACUCGUUUCAUGGAUCAGCGCCAAAAUGGCGUCAAUCAAUCGGUGUGAAAAACAAAAUGGUUGUCCAGUGGUUUCAACAGAGGUCCGUGAUUUUAAGUUUCUCUUACACAAAUCAAAGUCGUCAUAGGGUUGUCAUUCAUCGACUUAAUAAAAUCGAUACAUGAUUAGUGAGUCUUUACUAAUCUAACAGAUUUCCUUGUUCUUUACGUACUUAAAUCAGCAAUUUUGUUUAAUUAUUUACCUUAAUUUCCAGUGAUUUCCAGUUAAAUAUGAUAUACUACUCGAUUCCUCGUAAUCCAGACACCAAAAGUAGACUCACGACUAACACUGACGUUUUAAUAGUGCUUAUAAAGUAGGUCUGUUUGUUAUAAUUAGGGAGUUGAAAAGUUUUAUAAGACUUUUCACUGUUGGUAAACUCUUUGAUGUAUCUUUGACUUGUCUUCGGGGUAUAUGUUUGAGCUAAUGCCAUUAUAACUACGUAAGGUUCUGAUGGGGGGGGGAAUUCAUUGUAAAUCCAGGGAAAUCCUAAUCCUAAAAUAACAUGUACACUGUGUUUAUUUGACGUUCCUGGAUCACAGGAAAUCAAUUAAUGAUUUAAGUGUUUUAAAGGUUAUUGAAGUCUGUUGAUGUAUAAGUUUAAGUUCAUAUUAUUUUAGUAAUCAUUUUGCUAUUAAUUGAUGGCAACCCUAAGUCUACUCAGUACAUGUAUAGAUUGUAAAGGAUGCUACACAAUGGCGCGCAUUUAAGAGCGGCUACGGUGUGUUACUGUGUGGUGUCCUUAAGGACGUUUUUGUCCCAUGCUAGAAUCCCAAAAGAGGGGUUCAUUAUGUGUACUAGACGAUUUUGUUGAUUUAGAAUUUUUAAUUUUAAAGGUGAUUAAAUUAAAUUCAGUAUUCUAUUAAAUUCAUAUAUAUAAUAAAGUUCGUUUUAAUUAAGUUUGCACACGUGACAGAUGUGAAAAUUCUUUGUUUCAUUUUCAUACAGUCAUACAUACAUAUGCAGUGUGAAUUAGGGAUACAGGAAGUGCAAAAAAGUAUUUAUAUUUCAAAAAAAAAAAAAACUAAUGCGAUAUAUUGAAAAAAAAAAGUCAAUACAUGAGUUAAAUUUUCUUACGUACUUUGGGCUUGAUUAAAUUAUUUUGUUUUUCUUUCAUUACUCUUAAUUCUAAUGGUUUUUGUCUUUGGAAAUAUAUCGACUUUUAUACAUCGUCAAAUUUAUAAAAGUUUUCUGCAAUCCUAUAGUGUAUUAAAUGUGUGUCGUAAUUCGUUUCAUGUUUCCAUUUUUUUCCUAAACGUGCUCGUAAUAUUUUUCUUUAAUGAAAUAUUUCUGCCUAGAAAUAAGAUGUUUCACUUCUCAAACAUUAUCCGGAGUUCUGUUCUUUAUUUUGCCAUAAAUUUUCAAAAAUUCUAAAUCAUAAAUGAAAACAUUUCCUGCUAGCGGUAGUUAAUAAUAGUUAUAAAAAAUAUUUAAUAAACAAUUAAUGUUAACAUGAAAUAGUUUAAAGAUGUAUUGUGAUUUUUUGUUUACAUUUAAGUUUUUUUUGAAACCAUAACUUGUAAGGCUAUGUCGCCCCACGUGUACAAAAUGCUCGACGGUUUCUAAGUUUGUAAGUGUAGACGCAACUUGCAUUGUCACAUCCGGUGUAAAAACCACACGCAUCUCGGCAUUCACAAACUCCCGGGACACGAGACCAGCAACGACCAAAGUCUCGGGACUUCCCCGGGCAUCAAUACACUGCAAAUGCCGGCAAACGCAUUUUGCUGUAUUGCUCAACCAAUAACAUAAUAAUACAAUUUCAACAGCUGUGUGUCGAGUUUACGAAAAGUCCCAAGGUCUAUACAUGCAGCCACAUUAUAAAACGAUGUUUACAUAAGAAAAUAAACUUGUGUGACCAGCGGCAUUAAAUAAUAGAUCUAUCUAUAGUCGAUUAAAAAAAGUGAUUGAUAUCGUGUGACAUCGGUCACCUUUUAUAAAUGUAUUCUUUAUUGACGCGGGUUUUGAACAGCGUCCAUCGACUACUAUUCAUUGACAUCGUAGGGGUGACAAUAGUUUUAUUUAUCUCAAUUGUAGCUGUUAGUUUUUUUGAAGCUAAUUAGACAUAAACUUCAAUUUUCUAAUACAAAAAGUUUUUUUUUUUUUUUUGCUUAACUUUAUACUAUUCAUUUGGCGGCAGUUUUCAAUGUAGGUAAAAUUUAGAUAUAAUUUAGUGUAAUUAAAUUAAAUGGACACUCUUUUGUCUCUCAUUUUGUAUGUGUCUUUAUAAAUAACGAUGUGCUAUAGAUUCCGUAUUAUAUUUAUAUAUGCAUAGUUUGUGACGGUAGUAUGUAAUUUAGGCCCUCCGUACACAAGCCAACCUUUGAUUAGGGGGUAUGACUACCAUACUGCCUAACAGGUUAGCCCGCUACCAUCUUAGACUGCAUCAUCACUUACCACUGGGUGAGAGUGAAGUCAAGGGCUAACUGGUAUUGGAAUGAAAAAAAAGCCGAUCCAAGUACGAGAUCAAGAUUUAUCGAAAUAGUCGCUCAGUAUCGGAUACUUGCGUUGCCUUGUGUACGAAAUUCCUUAGGUCACAGAAUGGAUAAUCAACUCAGCAUUUCCGUUGGCCAAUAUGAAUCACACCGGCUUCAAACGUUUGGGCCAACGCUGGCCCCAAUACUGCUACAAGAUAAUAGACGAAGUAGCGUUGGUUCGAAAAGCCGUAACAAGCCAUUUUUUACGUGAUUCAAAAUAACAAUGGUAAUAUUUUAAAAAAAUCUGGUCGAAGAGUGUGUGUUUUGUUUUUGGACAGCGAGAAUAUUUUUUUCCGCUUUAAAAAUUUCAAGGCUUUUCCUUUUUCUCAUUUUUUUUUCUAAUUAUUGUCAUAAUUUACGAUACCUCGUGUCCUAUUUCACCAACAAAGUCCCACUGCUGGGCACAGGCUUCCUCUUUCACAGGAAAUAGAGAGAGAGAGAGAAUAAGAGCACUGACCCACCACGCUACUCCAAUGUGGGUUGAAGGGUUUUAGCGUUACAAAAUAAGAAACUUGGCAUUAACUCCCGAAGUCAAUUAAGGUAUCGUUACAUAUUUUAUUUAUUCAAAGGUCAAGAUAGAUUGGAAAUCCAUUCUGGCCCCUAUACUCUAACAUAAGCUAUAAUUAAGGGUAGUUCUAAUUAUAUACUUAGACAAAUACAGUUGUAUGUAAUCUGUGUAGUAUUAUUGCAAAUGUUAGUAUCUCAGUAACUCAAGGCACAAAACGAGGGUGCUGGACAAACAAAUCGCCCAUUCCCGUGAAUAAAGUAAAUGUUAUUUUACAAUUC